AUGAGCAACCCGCCUUCGUCACCAUUCCGCCACGGCACUACGGUCGAUCAAGAACUAGCCUACUACAAGGCACAAUAUGAACAGCUGGAAGUCGAGUUACAGGAGUUCCAGCAAUCUAGUAGAGAGCUCGAGGCCGAGCUCGAGAAAGAUGUCGAGGCGUCCGAAAAGAGAGAGCGGAAAUUGAAGGAGCGCGUCGAGAGUCUAGGCUUCGAGGUCGACGAAUGGAAGACCAAGUACAAACAAUCAAAGGCUGAGGCGAAUGCGGCGCAAACCAAACUGCAGAAAGAGAUCACAACCAUGCGCGAAACCACCCGGACGCUACAGCUGAAACUCCGAGAUAUCGAAGUCGACAACGACGAUUACGAGCGCCAGGCCCGCAACACAACAUCAUCGCUGGAGGAACUCGAAUCAAAAUACAAUGUCGCAAUCGAGAGAGGCGUCCUGAUGGAAGAGGAGAUGCGCGCUGGUGAACAAGAGCGAGAAGACUUGCGCAUCCAGACACAACGACUCCGCGACGAGUUGUCUGACCUUCGCAUCGAGGCAGACAUCACUCGCGAGAAACUGCGCCUGUCCGAAUCAGGUUCUCGCCGCUACCGCGAUCUGACCCCCGUACGACGCCCGUCUGCACUGCACGCCCGCUCGCCCACUUCAUCACGCACUGCUGCGUCCUCGCCCACUGUCUCCACCCCUCCACCUGUCAGAUCCGAGAUGUCCACACUCUCAGACACCCCCACACCUCCAUCUCCGCCCCUCUCCGAUGCGUCUGGCAAUCCCAUGUCCAGAAUGCUUCCACCACCAAAGAAAAACCCGCUGGUACCAGAGCCGACUUCGACUCCUCGCGCCUCUCUCAACCCGAACACCAUUAGGCCUGCACGCCAUUCACGCGGUCCAUCCUAUGCGACUACUACAACCCCCUCAACGAAACGACGCACCACUCUCCAAUCACGACCUAGCGUCGGCUCGGAAGGUGUACCGAGAUCGGGCUCAUUAUAUCAGAUCAAGGGCUUAAUUGGCAGAAUGCAAAAAAUUGAAGAGAGAGUGCAAUCAGUACGUUCGAAGCUGCCACCACCAAACGCAAACACUCCGAGAGCAGCGAACACACCAAAGGGGUCACCACGAAUCGGCGCGCUCACUGGUGGCUCGUUCAUGGCCAAUAGCAUUACUGUUAGAAACAGGAGCAAGCACACAAGCAACAGCACGAGCUCAUCUACGAGGCAAGAAGACAGCCACCUGCCACCUCCCACGCCGAGAUCGACGAGCGCAAGUGGACACGUUAAACACCUAUCAUUUGGAGGUCAACGACCACAUCCACUGGAAAGAGCAAGCACAUCCAUCGCAUCCAUGUCCACAGCCACUAGAGAGUCUAGCCGACCAAGCAGCCGGGCCAACAACGUGGGGGAGACAGGAUCGUUCGCUAGACCACCCUCGCGCUCGGGCAAUGCGCCAUACGGUCAGUCGCAAAGCUCAGUCCUCCCUUCAAGGCCUCGCACUUCGAUGGGAGGAACAUUCGCCUCAUCACAGCGCAAUCGUGUGCACCGACAGUCUAACAGCGUGUCCGAGAUGAGAGAGGCUGAGGAAGUAGUCACUCCUACGAUCAAGAGAACAGUAGUCACCACGACCGGUGGAAGUGGGAUUCCAACACCAGGCUUGAAACGGCAGAGCGGAACAGGCUUCGGGAACAGCGUUUCUGGCCGCCGGUCAAGCCUCGCGCCAAGUCAUCAAUCGCAACAAUCGUAUGAUGGCGCGGCGUCAGACAAGUCAUCUCGCAAGCUGAGCGACUUGGGAGAAACGUUCUAG